CUCUCGCUUUCAGUUUAAGUGCUUUAACAGCCGUCGGGAGAGAGGAGAGCUGAAACAUGGCUUCGGACGGGAGUCUCACAGCCAUCGCCAUUUUACUCUUCUCCACCUUCACCCAAGGUCAUUUCGGGAAUUUGGAUCGCUCAUAUUCGGUCAAUGUGACCGAAGGCCAGCCGGCCACACUCCCGUGCCGAAUGGAGGAUUAUCACAACAAGUACAACCUCGUGCAGAUCGAGUGGAGGAAAGUGGAGGGCCACCAGGAACACAAGAUCGCCAUUUACAACCCCAGUCAUGGACCUCCACAUCACUUCUGGAACAACGUCUCCAUGGUGGUGGAGAAAUCUGGGGAGGAGUGGGGUUCGUCCCUGGUGUUCCGGGAUCUGGACGUGUGGCACGGUGGGGUGUACGUCUGUGAGCUCACAACGUUCCCCGCCGGGACGGUCAAAAUCAAGGCACACCUGCAGGUUACAGCUGCUCAGGUCUCCGCCAGGGUUACGCAUCGGCCCGUGAGAGAGGGGGACAAUGUGACCAUCAUCUGUACCAGCGCCCUUCCAGCGGGAUCUUACUUCCUCUGGCCUUCCAAGAAUAAGUCCUCCAUCUUAGAAAACAAGGACGGAAGGUUCACACUGCCCAACGUGACCAGAGAAGACAGUGAUCUCUACACCUGCCAGCCAGGGAAUUCAUCUUUGGGCCUGUCUGGUCACAGUGCCACCGUGAAUGUUACAGUCAACUAUCUCCGUGAAAUUGAAUGCGACACCCCCCGCAGUAUUGAGGUUACUGCCGGCCAGAAUGUCACCAUUACCUGUGCAGCCAACUCAUCCCAGAGUUCCCAGUACACCUGGAGAAAGGACGGCGUGGAGGUGUCCCGGUCCAGUUCACUGCGCCUCGGGCCGGUGAGCGCUGAGCAGGCGGGGGUGUACGUGCUGACCGCUGUCGUCACGGAUACGGGUCUGCAGCGCCAGGCGCAGUUCAGCGUAGCCGUGAGGUCAGGUUUUACAGAACUCCCAUCAAGCAUUGCCCCUCCCAUCUCCCCGACCGCGACCAAUGACAACAGCCCCGACGUCACAGUCCGGAGCACUGCCGUAUCCAUGGCAACGGAAGGAAGCGCGACAGGCAGCGUCUCCCCUCCGCCGGCUUGGAGCGCUAAUUCCGCCGCACCGAAGCGCAACGUUAGCACCGGACCGGCUGGUCCUUUCAACGCGACGCUGCCUCCGUUUGAUUUUAACGCCACCGACACUGAGAAUGCGUCGAGCCACGGGCAGCCCGCUACCACUCCGGAACAACCCACUGUCACGCCGAGUCUCGGAAGCAGCGUAACCGCCACGGUACACCAUUCAAACAGCAGCCGCAACCUCACCACCAACGUAGGCGUGACCAAUACAGAGUCCGCAGACGGCAGCCGGUACGUCGUACUCAUUGUGCUGCCGGUCGUUCUCCUGCUCCUUGUGAUUCUGCUCCUGUACCGGAGACACAUGGUCCAGCGCAAGAUGGACAUGCCCCCUCCCUUCAAACCCCCCCCACCCCCGGUGAAGUACACGUCCGUCAGAACUCAGGAGGCCAGCGUCACAGUGCAGCGGCCCCAGGGCAACGGAACACAGUAACCUGAGCAAGAGAAUGUUGGCGAGAGGAAGUGACAUCAUUGCCUCCGCAGUGCGAUUGCUUCUCUCGGGACCGUGGGAUCUUUAACCUUCUUGUCGAUCUUUCAGGGCAAAGUGGCCGAUCUACCUCCGGUACACUGGAAUACAUGGGACACGACAGGGUUUUUCUGCGCAUCAAAGAUGCCGUCUUUACGCGUCAAGGCGCGCCUCUGUCCAGACAAAUCUUUUUUUUGUUUUUUUAAACCUUUGUUGUGACGGCUGUUACAUGAGAAUGUCAGAUGAAGAAGAGCUGAGAUAGCUGUUGUGCCUCUUCAUCUAGUUAUUUUAGCACCUUUGUUCUUUACCAUACAUUCUCCGCACACCACAUAUUAAAGCAUAGAAGGGCUUUUGUACAUAUGUGCUCACCUGUACUGUGCACCUCAUGCUGUUGUUUUAUAAAAAUGUGUUCUGUGAUUGUUCUGUGACUGAGGCACAUGACUGGGCCUGGAGGUCGGUGGUUCAGGCCCCGGUGUGCCGCUGUUGGGCACCUCACCCCACAUUGUCCCCUGCUUAGUCUAAUCACCUGUAAGUCGCUUUGGAAAAAAAGCAUCAGCUAAAUGACACAUUUUUUUUAUUACAAUUAUUCCGCCAGAGAUUUGUGUGAUGGCGAACCUGCUAAGUUUCAGAGCUUUGCUAGUGGAAUAAUAAUCUCACAGAAGUGAAGACUUUCCCUCCGAAAAUGAGUCUGGACAGGAUGACAGGAUAUGGGUCUAAUUAUAAUCCCUAACACGGAGUUAGUAACCAUGUAUUACUGUCUACAUAAGCACUUAUUGAGAUUAACAAACCCUCAAUGUGUGACCCAUGCAUGAAGUGUUACCAAAACACCUUUGCUCUGUAAAUAAGCUCUCAUUUGUAUUGUGUUUAGAUGUUUGUUUCAUUGCAGUGAACGGUUAGCAUUUUAUCAUUUUAAUGAAGAAAUGUAAGUGGUAUAUUUUUCAAUAAAAAUACGAUAUAUUUAAAUAA